GCCAAUCGAAUGGCCUUCUAAACGCUCCGUUUCCAGAAACCCUCAGAAAUUUGCAUUACAGAAGAUCAAAUAGAAAAAUCCCUUCUGAAGUGGAAGGAGAAGGGGAGAAAAGAUCGAAAGACAGUAGAGAAAUGGAGAAAUACGAGAAGCUCGAGAAGGUCGGUGAAGGAACCUACGGGAAGGUGUAUAAGGCCAAGGACACGGCGACGGGACAACUGGUGGCUCUGAAGAAGACGCGGCUGGAAAUGGAUGAGGAAGGGAUCCCUCCCACCGCUCUCCGUGAGAUUUCCCUCCUCCAAAUGCUCUCCCACUCCCUCUACGUCGUCCGCCUCCUCUGCGUCGAGCACGUAGAAAAGAAUGGCAAGCCUCUUCUUUACCUAGUCUUUGAGUAUCUCGACACAGAUCUUAAGAAAUUCAUCGAUUCCCACCGUAAAGGCCCAAAUCCUAGGCCGCUUCCUCCUUCUCAAAUCCAAAGCUUCCUUUUUCAGUUGUGCAAGGGUGUUGCCCACUGCCAUAGCCACGGUGUUCUUCACAGAGACCUGAAGCCUCAGAACCUUUUGGUCGACAAGGAGAAGGGAAUACUCAAGAUUGCUGAUCUCGGCCUGGGCAGGGCAUUCACAGUGCCACUCAAGAGUUACACUCAUGAGAUUGUGACCUUAUGGUAUAGAGCCCCUGAAGUUCUUUUGGGAUCAACUCACUACUCGACGGCUGUUGAUAUGUGGUCUGUUGGUUGUAUUUUCGCUGAAAUGGUAAGGAGACAAGCUCUCUUUCCUGGGGAUUCUGAGUUUCAGCAGCUGCUUCACAUAUUCAGGAUGCUAGGAACACCAACAGAGCAGCAAUGGCCUGGGGUGAGUUCUCUUAGGGACUGGCAUGUCUACCCACAAUGGGAGCCUCAGAUUUUGGCUCGGGCUGUUCCAUCAAUGUGUCAGGAUGGUGUUGACCUUCUAUCAAAAAUGUUGAAGUAUAAUCCAGCUGAUAGAAUUUCAGCUAAAG